CCAUGGACCGCAGCGUUUAAUAUCAGCUGUGAAAUGACAUAACUGGACAUAACCUCUCGGGUAUUUAAAGCGCAUCGUGCUCUGCGGGAAUGUAGAUAAAGUGAAUAAAUACUAUGUCUAUUAGUGUCGAAAACGCCGGCGUUUGGGUCGCAUAAUUAGAUGGAUUCAUAAUGCACAAAUUCAUUUUGUCAUAUCGGGGAAUAAAGUUCCUGCGACAGUUUGGGGUUAGAUUGGACUCAGCUCAGGAUCUGAAGAGCCCACAGAUUUUAGCAGCAUGUACAACCAGUUGCAAUUUGCCCCAGGUGCAGUUCUACAGCGCUUGGAAGAAGGCGAACGAUGCGUCGAUCAGAAUAUUUUACGAGUACGAAGAAGGAUGCGACAGCGACGCAGACAACUCGCAGGCCAAGUGGGAUAGCGUUGAAAACAGGUAUGCGCACCGCAUUCUGGAGCAGAGAAAAGCUUACAAAGCGACAAUUGUCUAUCCACCCAAGGGAUUUGAAAACCAAAUCAUAUCUACGGACGAGGUGGACAAGUUAACGCGGACGAAUUGGAGGCUCGAGAGUAUCGCGAAGCUGGUCGAGAGCUUCAGGAAAAUAUCUCAAUACGCCUUUCAGAACAACGAGAACAUAUACGCUGAAAAGUACCAGCUCAUCAUGCUGACCCUGGCGACAAACUGCAAAAUAUUCAGCGACGAACAGCUCAGCCAUGUCCUCCGCUCGCUCAUGCUCUGGUUCAUAGAAUGCAGCGAACAGGAUUCCAACUUUUCACAUCUUUACAGAGUCCUUGACCAGGAAUGCAUGGCUCGAGCCGAAAAUUGGUCUCAUUCACAGCUCCUUCUGAUCUCCGACCACUGGUACAGACUCAGAUUGAUACGAAAGUCAAAUUUCAUGAAACACGCUAUAAUCAACCUCGGCAACAAUGUAUCGGAUCUUUCGCAAUCUCAUUUAGUGCAGCUUUUGUUCUACAUCGGCAUAGCUCGCAGCGGACUUGUUAACUUUAAGGAAAUUCAAGUCAGGCUCAACCCCUUGGUGUACAAUUUGGACGUCGACGAAUUAGCCAUCAUUGCACUUGGGUUCUUCAAAAGCCAGACUCCGAUUAGGGAUCGUAUGCUGCUCACAACCAUGAUUAAGAAAACGACUCAAAAAAUUGACGUCAUCGAGGACAUCAGUUUGGCUGCUAUGCUCAAAAUCACUCGUCUGUUUCGUGUGUUUUUCAGCUUUAGCAUCCACCACAAUGACCUCAGGCACCUCUGCAAAUUAUUGGAGUGCACGAUACCCCAGAUACCACGACUCUCGAUGACCUGCUUGUCUCACGUUGUAUUGGCUGCUGCGACUAAAAGCUUAUUUUAUGCAGAAUUGUUGAAUGCCGCCACAGUGAGAUUCUACAGGGAAAUGUCCAAGGUCAGGAUGAAGGAUAUAAAUUCGUUAGUUUUUGCUCUUUCCUCGUUUCACUACGUUCCCGAAAAGCAACCGAACAUCCUUAAUGCGAUCAUAGAUGAACUGAACGCAUCUAAACGUGAGCCUGAAAUGAAGAGGUACCCGGACUGCCUUGCAAAGUGCCUGCAUAGCCUUAGCUUACUUAACAAACACCCGAAAAAUUUAAUAGCCAGAGUGCUGGAUCCUAAGAACAUCGAAAAAGUGUACGGAUCGAACGUGAACAUAAGACGGGAAAUAUUUGCUCUAGACUUGGAUGUCGAGACUGAAAUUCCAGACUAUAGCGGCCCGAGACUCGACAUGCAUUCGCGGGAAAGCAUCGCCAUGAUGAUGACGGACCCUCUGCCGAAUUUUAAGGGUCUGCAACUCAACUUUUCCGAUUACUUGAUGUUAGAUGUGAUAAGAAUCUGCGAGGAAUACCUAGGCUCGAAGAAAAUGGUCCACGUAGAUCACGUACUGCCGCAAUACUACCACCCAGACAUAAUCGUUUGCCUGGACGACAAGAAGCGUCCUGUUCCCAUCAGCUCGGUGUUGUCAAAGAUACCUUUUGGAAGCGUUAAACGGGCUCCAAAAAUCGACGCAGAUGGUACCAAAUGGUUAGCUGUAGUGAUAGGCACCCGAAAUGCGCUUGCGAAAAAUACUAACCGUGUACUAGGACAUUUUUGCGCUAAGCAGAGGCAGCUUGAAUAUAUCGGCUACGAUCCUUUUUUGAUAUUUUGGCAGGACUGGAGCCAGCUCAAAAACGACGAACAGAAGUUCAAAUACCUACAGUGCAAAGUUUUCUGCUAAUCUGAACACUCAUCGUCAUCAGUAUCGGUACGAAUUUUAUUGGGUAAUUUUUUUCUCUUUUUUUCACCUUCCGUCAUCAUCGAGACACCUUUGAGUGUUCAAAAUUUUGUCCGGGAGCACGAUGCCGCCAUUUGUAUAUAUAUACACACACAUAUAUAUAUAUAUAUUACAUACAUAUAUAUAUAUAUCUAUAUAUAUAUAGAGAAAUAUAAAGUAAUGUAAAGAAGUUUAAAAGUCUAUCACGUACACUUAAUAAACUUCGUUCGUAAAUAA